AUGGCGACCAUUACCCUCACCGUCCUCUCUUCUCCUUGGACCCCACUCCCUCUGCACACGUCCGGUGCAGCAUGGAACACCAAACGGUCCAGCACCCUCACCUUCGACCUCCCCAAAGCCACCUUUUACACACUAGAUGCACCGAAGCUCGCACCGCCGCCGCCGCAAAAACCCCGGCUCAAGCUUCUCAGCUUGACAGCGGCACCGCCAAGCUCGACCUCCCACGAGCAGCAACAGCAGCAGCCGCAGCGCCUCCCCGCGAGACGCUUCGACCCAUUCUGCGAAGACGCCAAUGCACAAAACAAGCCCGCAGCAGCACCAGCAGUAGUGGCCGAGCCAGUGUCUCUGCCUGCUGCACCGGUCGUGCGCGGCCGCCGACGUUCACCCUCAUUUUCAGCGGGCUCAGGAUGCACCCGUGCCUCCCUCGCAUCCAUGUCCCUACAACUCCCUUCUAUUCCAUCCUCCUCCUGCUCCGCACCCCCGCGCCACACCAAACCCGCACUCGCUCCGCAACCCGGCAGCCCAUGCCCCGGGGCCCCGACGCCUUAUAUGGCGCGGCACUACAGUUCCUCUGACUCACGCUCGCGGCUGCUCGCGCGCACGCUGUUGAACCGCAUCAACGCCGUCGGGCGGCCGCGGUCCGUGUGCGGGUCGCGUGCAGCACCGCUCGGGAACGGGUACGAGGACGAGUGCGGCGGGCGGCCGUACAUCCCGACGCGGCUCAGCGAGUGUGUGACAGCCUGA